CUCGCGAUCGCCGACCGCAAUAGAGCAGGCUGCUACGGCGCGGACCGGAGUAACACGUGUCUGGUUGUGCAACAGUGUGCAAAUCUGUUGUAAAUAUUUCGUGGGAAAAGUUCUGCACUCUUGGUCCGACAUCUUAGUCCUUGUGUCAUGUUCUGCGGGAGCAUUAGUUGGUUCAUCUGCAUUUUUGUGGCCGUAGUCAUAGCUGUAAAUUGCAGUGACUCAGAUUCCAUUACAGGACCCGAUCUGGAAGUCAAUGUUUUACGCUUAAGAUCUGAAAACCCAGAACAGUCCACAGUGGUACCAGAAACAGAGGGUAAGGAGACCCCAGCUGUGGGUCUGAGCGCCCUGCUGGACGCCGGGGAGGGCGCCGUGGUGACCCUGGUGGCCGGCGACACGCGUCUUGCAGCGCACAGGGCCGUCCUGGCUUCCAGGAGUGCCGUGUUCGAAGCCAUGUUCCGGCAGGACCCGCUGGAGGCCAGCAGCGGUCAGGUCGCAGUCCAGGACGUGGAGGGCCCGGUGCUGCGCCAGCUGCUGGCCUACCUGUAUACACUCCAGGCCCCCCAGCUGCCCGGCAUGUCUGCACAGCUGCUGGCCGCCGCUGAUAAGUACGGCGUGUCGGCCCUGAAGGCGGAGUGCGAGCUGCAGCUGGCCGCACAGCUGUCCGUCGAGACAGCGGCGGCCACGGCUGCUCUCGCGGUCAGGCACUCUUCUGACAGCCUCAAGCAGGCGGCCAUUAAAUUUAUAAGGGCUCACUUGGUGCAGGUGAUUUUCACACGGGGCUGGGCUGAUGCAGUGCACUCCCAGCCUCAAGACAUGGCUGAUGUGUAUCGCCUGCUCUUGGAGACGCCAAUGGAAACCAGCACGCCAGCUGUUGGAGACAGUGACAGGGGGGCCACUCCCACCCCCGCCACUCAGCCACACAGCGACCACGGCGGGACCCCUGCCACAGCCGCACCACCCACCACUCAACGCCCAGCUGCUCCACCUGAUGGCAAUGCCCUCUCUCUUCUGCGAUAUGCUGGCGCUCACCGAGAAGCCAACACUGGCACCCCACUACAGACGCCGAGUAACACCACUGCACAACGUCAAAGACCGCCAGCAACUGCAGAUGGCAGGACCACCCCCGCUACUGAGCUGCACAGCAACCGUGGCUGGACUUCGGUCACAGCUGCACCACCCACGACUCUGCACUCCACACUCUGGCCUGAUGGCAGCACCGCCUCUACUCUGCACACUCCAGCCUCUACAGAGAGCUCAGUCGCCCCCACCACUCAGCUGCAGAGCAACCACGGCGACCUCAGCCGGACUUCCGCCUCAGCUGCCACGCCCACAGCUGCCAGCGCGACUCCCUCAACCGAUAGCGCCGCCAUCACUCUGCUGAGGAGCCUUUCUGGAGAGCAGAAGGGCCGAAGGCUGAUACAGGCAGCUAAGGAAGGUUCAGUGGAGGAGCUGCAGGCCCUGCUUGUGGCUGGAACAGACGUGGAGGCGAUGGACGGGAACAUGACUGCCUUGCACUGGGCAGCGAAGCGGGGACACGUGGAGGUGGCGAGGCGUCUGCUGGAGGCUGGGGCAGAAGUGGACGCCAGGAAUGACAGGAAUAGCACGCCGCUGCAAAUGGCUGCAGAGAGUGGCCACGCAGCUCUAGUGCGCCUGCUGAUAGCGUCUAAUGCUGAUAUCAAUGCCAGGAAUCAGUAUGAGAAAACAGCAAUGCACUAUGCAGCACAGCAUGGUCAUGCAGAAAUUGUGAAUACGCUGCUGGAGGCCGGGGCUGAAGUGGACGCCAGGAAUGACAGGAAUAGCACGCCGCUGCAAAUGGCUGCAGAGAGUGGCCAUGCAGCUCUGGUGCGCCUGCUGAUAGCGUCUCAUGCUGAUGUCAAUGCCAGGAAUCAGUAUGAGAAAACAGCAAUGCACUAUGCAGCAGAGCAUGGUCAUGCAGAAAUUGUGAAUACGCUGCUGGAGGCCGGGGCUGAAGUGGACGCCAGGAAUGACAGGAAGAGCACGCCGCUGCAAAUGGCUGCAGAGAGUGGCCAUGCAGCUCUGGUGCGCCUGCUGAUAGCGUCUCAUGCUGAUAUCAAUGCCAGGAAUCAGUAUGAGAAAACAGCAAUGCACUAUGCAGCAGAGCAUGGUCAUGCAGAAAUUGUGAAUACGCUGCUGGAGGCCGGGGCUGAAGUGGACGCCAGGAAUGACAGGAAGAGCACGCCGCUGCAAAUGGCUGCAGAGUGUGGCCACAUGGCUGUGGUGCGGUUGCUGAUAGCGUCAAAUGCCGACACCAACGCCAAAAAUCAAUAUGGCAGUACAGCAAUGCACUAUGCGGCAGAGCAUGGCCAUGCAGAAAUUGUGAAUAGGCUGCUGGAGGCCGGGGCUGAAGUGGACACCAGGAACGGGAAGCAGAGCACAGCUCUGCACAUUGCUGCAUGGAAAGGCCACACAGCCGUGGUGCGGCUGCUGGUGGCGUCUAACGCCAACCCCAAUGCCGUGAAUCAAUUUGGGAUGACGCCGCUGCACUAUGCGGCCAAGCACGGCCACAGUGAGGUGGCGGCACUGCUGCUGGAGGCGGGGGCCAACAGGGAGGCCAGAGAUAAUGAUGGGAACACAUCGCUAGACCUCGCAAGGCUGAACAAACACCAGAAGUUGAUAGAUAUGCUAAGACUUCUUCCUGGCAUUAUGUGCGGCAGAAGCGUUUGGUGGUUCAUCUGCAUUUUUGUGGCGAUAGUCACAGAUACCAGCCUCAGUGACCCGGCCUCCAAUACAGGAUCUGAUUCUGAAGUCGCAGACAAUCGUUUAAGAACCGACAAGGAAGUGGAACCAGUUCAGAGGGUUAAGGAGACCGCAGCUGUGGAUCUGGCCGCCCUUCUGGACGCUGGGGACAGCGCAGUGGUAACGCUGGUGGCAGGCGACACACGUCUGGUGGCGCACAGGGCCGUCCUGAUUGCCAGUAGCACCGUGUUCGCCGCCAUUUUGCGCAACAACACGCUGGAGGCCAGCAGCGGCCACGUUGCCAUCUCAGACGUGGAGGGUCCAGUGCUGCGCCACCUGCUGGCCUACAUGUAUACACUCCAGGCCCCCCAGCUGCACAGCAUGGCCCCGCAGCUGCUGGCCGCUGCUGAAAGAUAUGGACUGUCCGCCCUGAAGGCAGAGUGUGAGCAGCUGGUAGCUGCACGAGUGUCUGGGGGGAGUGCUGCGGCCACAGCCGUCCUCGAAGUCAGGCACUCCUCUAACAGCCUGAGGCAGGCCGUGGUUGACUUCAUAAAGGCUCACCUGCUCCACGUGAUGGGACAGACCCUGCACAGCCAGCGUGAAGAUCAGGUGGAAGUGAGCCGCCUGCUGUCUGUUCCACCAGCAAAAGCCAGCUCGCCAGCUAUUGCAGUCAGCCGGAUGACCCCCUCCACUCAGCCGCUCAGUGACCACAGCUGGACUCGCGACGCAGCUGCACCGACCACCAUGUCUACCCACGACACUCCCCCACCUAACAGCGUAGCCAUCGCUCUCCUGAGCUCGCCAGCUACUGCAGUCAGCCGGAUGACCCCCUCCACUCAGCCGCUCAGUGACCACAGCUGGACUCGCGACGCAGCUGCACCGACCACCAUGUCUACCCACGACACUCCCCCACCUAACAGCGUAGCCAUCGCUCUCCUGAGGACAUUAUCUGGAGAGGAGAAGGGCAGGAGGCUGAUCCAGGCAGCUAUUCAGGGCUCAAUGGAGGAGUUGCAGGCCCUGCUGGCAGCUGGAGUGAACGUGGGGGCGAGAGACAUGAACGAGUGGACCCCCCUGCAUUGGGCAGCUGGCAAGGGAUACGAGGAGAUGGUGAGGCGUCUGCUGGCUGCAGGUGCGGACGUGGGGGCGAGGGACAAGUUCCAGCAGACGCCGCUGCACUUGGCUGCGUGGGGCGGCCGCCCGGCUGUCGUCAGGCUGCUGUCGGCGUCCUCUGCCGACCCCAACGCCAGGGAUGUGGACGGGUGGACGCCGUUGCACUCUGCAGCAUUCAAUGACGAGACGGAAGCAGCGACGGCGCUGCUGGAGGCAGGGGCCGACAGGGGGGCCGUAGACAACAAUGGGAAAACCCCACUGGACAUCGCCAGACAGUACAACCAGCAGCAGGUGAUAGACGUGCUAUGAUCAACCUGUGGACUAAAAUAAAUAAACCUUUUUACAGUA